AUGCGGGAGGGGAGAGCCAAUGGUGGGGUCGACGGAGAGAGAGGCGGCGCUGAUGCCGCCGCCGGUCUCGUGGGCGCGCUUCGGCGGCAGAGGCCGGGCCAGUCCCACCCGUCCUCGUCCGGCUCGGCCGCGUCGGCGGAAGGGGGAGCCAAGAAGCAGGGGAGGCGCAAGAGCAAGCGGCGGGAGCAGGUCGUGAGGGCGAUUCGGGACCGGCUGCCUCCCCCGCCCGCUUGCUGGGGCAACGUCUCGGUGGUCCAGGAGAGGAGGGGCCGGAGGGAGAGGCCUGACGAUCACGGCCGCGGCGACGCCGUCCGCGGCGAGGAGGAGGGGCGCUCUGGCGCGGGAACCGCCGCGUUGCCGGCGUGGUGCUGCCUGUGCCCCGAAGGGGACUGCUCGCUGGAGCCCAACCCGAGCGCCAACGGCAAGGAGGACCCCGGCCUCCGCUCCCUCAUCGAGCGCAACGACUUCUACUCCGACGACUGCAACCCGCACGCCGCCGCCGCCGCCGCCGCCGCCGAAGAGGACGACGACGACGACGCAAGCCCCGCCGCCGAUUUUGAUUAG